CAGCUGUUAAGGCGCGCUCCCCCAGCUGCAGCUGCUCCGGGCCUUUGGAUCCCACCACACCCUCCAUCCCUCCUCCAUCCCUCCUCCCUUCUUCCCUGCUCAACCGGGGGUCCCGACGUCAGCCGGACCACCGGGGACACCCCCGGCUCUUCCCCAUCCCUCCCCUCCAGGCGCAGGAGGUGGCCCGGUGGCUCUUGAAAAGCUGGUCCUCAUCUGAGCGCAUCAGCCUGGCUAUCCUGGGAAAAUUCUGAGAAUUCUGAAAAUCCAUGGAUUCAAGUACCAGCAGAAAUUUGGAGAACACUCUGAACACAAUUGAUUCUGAUAAACUUUCCCCAAAGACUACACUGGAUAAUCCACCUGAUAUCCUGGAAAUGUCAUGUAAAACUAAAACAAAACAUGAAGGGAAACGGGUGGAAAUUAUAUGUGAAAGAAUAAAAAGGUCCAAGAAUAUUAAAGAAAAAGAAAGCCAUGAUUUAGACGAAGCGGCCUUUAAAAGAAAAUCAGAAAAUGAAAGAAAAUCAGCUGGGAAAAAAGAGGCAAGAAUAUUGGAGCUUGAUGAACCGUUAAUCACUUUGCCUUUACCUCACAUUCCCUUGAAGACGGUUAUGGAUGUGGAAGUAAAGUUGGUCUACAUUGAUGAGGAAGAUGUUACAUAUGAGUUUGUGGAAUCCCAAACGUCUAGCAGCACACAGUCAACUUGUCGAGCUGCUGAAAUAGUGUGCUCUGUGAGUGCACCUAAUUUCAGCUUUCUGCCUCAGAUUGACAAAUGGCUUCAAGUAACCUUAAAGGAUGCCAGUUCUUGCUAUAGACAGAAGAAGUAUGCAUUAGCAGCAGGACAGUUCAGAACGGCGCUUGAGCUUUGCAGUAAGGGAGCAGCUUUAGGACAGCCCUUUGAAGCAUCGGCUGAAGACAUUUCAAGUAUCGCUAGUUUUAUUGAAACAAAGCUUGCUACCUGUUACUUACGGAUGAAGAAACCCGAACUUGCAUUAAAUCAUGCACACAGGAGCAUUGUUUUAAAUCCUGCCUAUUUCCGGAACCAUCUUCGUCAAGCCACAGUGUUUCGAUUUCUGGGGAGAUAUUCUGAAGCUGCAAGGAGUGCCAUGAUCGCUCACUACAUGUACUGGCUGUCGGGAGGAAGUGACCAGCACAUAAGCCAUCUCCUCAAACUGUAUUGGCAGGCCAUGAUUGAAGAAGCCAUCACUAGAGCAGAAUCUUUUUCAGUAAUGUAUACACCAAUUGCUGCAAAAGUUAGAGCUGAUAAAAUAGACAAAGUAAAAGGAAUUUUCAUGAAAAUGCACCCUGCUUAUGUGGACUACAUAUACACAGAUCUUCAAGGACUUCAUGUACUGCCUCAGACAAGUGAAUGGUCAACUUCUCCUACCCAAUAUUAUCUUUUGACACUCGGGUUCAAAAACAAAGAUAAUGGAAAAUUCUUAGAAAAACUGUCAAGCCGGAGUCUGCCAACGUUCACAGAACAAAAAACUCCCUUUGACCCACUGACCAGAGACGAUGCUAUAAGACAUAUGGAGACAAUGGGGAAGAAGAUUUUGCCAAUCCUGGAUUUUAUUCGAAGCACAAAAUUAAAUGGGAGUUUCCGUGGAUGUUCGGGUGUAAUAGAGAGGUUGCAGUAUGCCAGCUUCCUCAGCCAGCUGCAACGAGUAAAAGAACAAUUCCAAGUGAUUAACCAAGCAAUGGCUGAAUUAGCAACCAUCCCCUAUCUCCAGGACCUGGGUCAACAUGAUGUUGAAUUGCUGCAGUCGCUAAUGGCAGAUGCUCUGGACACCCUUGAAGGAAGAAGGAAUCAUAAAGAAUGUGUGUGGAAUAAAAUUCAAAAGAUUGGUCUAAUCGAAGACUUUUUAUACCAUUUAGAAGAUAGUUUCUUAAAAACAAAAAAACGUAGAGGGACGAGAAGGCAGAAAAUGAAAAAGAAGCGGCUUCAGAGAGAACAGAUCCAGCAAGGCCCCGGACAGCGGAAAGUAGGAUCCGAGCCAUGCGAGAGGGGAAGCCUGGACAGUCCUGCCUCUCAGUGGGCCAAAGGGCAGCAGGAGGAACAGCUUCCCAGUGCAUGAGGGAAGGCCCGUGCUCAUCUUAACCAAGGAGGUUUGGCAUGUCACUCAUUUGAACAGUCAGAAAUAAAUGUUCCCUCAGUUCUUUCUCACUA